AUGAGCAGAGCCGUGCUCCUUCUAGUCGCAGUUGGCCUUAUCCUCGGCCCCGGGGGCUGCCUGGCUAACUGCCGUGAGGAGCCGGCCCGCGACUGUGAGGCUAUCUGCGAUGCAAGUGGCAGGAAUUGCUCUAUCCGAGCUCUGGUCCUGCUGCCCGAUGACAACAUGUACCAAGCAUCACUGCCGCGAGUCCUGCCCAUCCUGAAGGUGGCCGAGCAACAGAUCCGCGCCAAGGCCCUCAUCCCGCCACACAUUGACUUCGAGUGGCUGGCCCAUGACACCAAGUGCGACGCCUCGCUGGGUGUCAUCAAGGCCAUGGACGGUAUUAUCAAGCAGUGUGCCCAGGUGAUCUUCGGCCCAGUCUGCGAUUACUCUUUGGCUGCUGUUAGCCGGAUAACCAAGUACUUCAACAGCCAGGGCACUCCACUGAUCUCGGUGGGUGGGUCAACCUAUGACUUUGAGCAAAAGAAAACGGACUGCAACGACGAGUUCUACAUGCUGCUCCGCACGGGAAUGCUCAGCUUCGAGACCAUUUCCGAGCUGACCAUAAACGUGAUGAAGCGGCACAAUUGGUCGCAUUCCAUCUUCUAUUACGAACGGGACGGGCAGCGGAGCGUGGCGGGUAUGCACACCUGCUUCCUGAUGAUGAAAUCCUUGGGAAAACAAAUGCGCAACGAGAACAUGACAUUUUCACAGUUUCCACUUGAGCCCAACUUGACAAAUCGCACGGAGGAAAUGCGCCGAGAAAUUGGCAAUAAACAUGCAAAGCAGUUCACCAACGCCCUAGUUGAGACAACAACCAUGCAGCGAGUGCAAUACGCGUGUGAAACUUUGCUAAGGUAG